GUUUUCUUGAAAUAAUAAGGGAAAUAUUUGCUAUUUGUGGUUAUGUUUGUAUAUAUUCCUGGGUUGCUAUAGUUGAAAUGCUUUAGUUGUCCACUGUCCACAAAGAAUAGAUUCUUGAUGUCUUUGCAUUGCUACCUUGAAGUCUUUGUUAGCUCAUUUUCUGCAUCUAUGUGCUAAUUUGAUCUGUGUGGAUUCGUUGUUCAUGAAAGGCUGCUGCUUUUUAUAUAUAUAUAUUAUAUUUCUUGUCACUUUCUUUUUCUUCUUUUCUGGGGUGCCUUUCACUUUCUGGUUGUUUCUUUGUGGAAGUUUUGAGGCAGUGUAUAACUGGUGCAAGUAAGAGGUGUUGAUGUGGAUUAGUGGGUUAUAUUCCAUCUUCACCCUCUUAUAUGGUUAUAAAUAGAGGUGUGGUCAAUUUUGAUUUUAUUCAUCGCAGGAACUCAAGAGCUCAGCUUGAACAUUCAUAAAAAAUCCUGCUCAGUUUAAGUUUGUUUGGUGUAAUAUAAUGAGCUACAAUACCUCCGCUGCAGGAUCUGGCAGUAGGCAUACUUCAAGAACAUUUGAGUUUGGAAGGACCCAUGUGGUGAGGCCUAAAGGAAAGCACCAGGCCACUAUAGUUUGGCUGCAUGGCCUUGGUGAUAAGGGCUCAAGCUGGUCCCAGCUCUUGGAAACCCUUCCCCUUCCAAAUAUUAAAUGGAUAUGCCCAACUGCUCCAACCAGGCCAGUAGCAAUAUUUGGUGGAUUUCCAUGCACUGCUUGGUCUGAUGUUGGGGAUAUUUCGGAAGAUGCCCCUGAUGAUUUGGAGGGGCUAGAUGCUUCAGCAGCGCAUGUUGCAAAUCUUUUAUCGACUGAGCCUGCUGAUAUCAAACUUGGUGUAGGUGGCUUCAGUAUGGGAGCUGCAACCGCCCUCUACUCUGCCACAUGCCACAUUUUAGGGCAAUAUGGGAAUGGAAACAUGUACCCAGUCAACUUAAGUGCAAUUGUUGGUCUAAGUGGCUGGCUUCCAUGUUCAAGGACCUUGAGGAACCGGAUGGAAAGAUCAGAUGAAGCUGCAAGACGUGCAGCAUCCUUGCCCAUCUUGCUCUGCCAUGGCUCAGGUGAUGAUGUGGUUGCACAUAAACAUGGAGAGAAAUCAGCACAAGCAUUAAGUUCAGCUGGAUUCCGAAAUCUUACAUUUAGAAGCUAUAAUGGGCUUGGCCAUUACACAAUCCCUGAAGAGAUGGAUGAAGUUUGUAAUUGGCUAACCACGAGGAUAGGUCUCGAAGGGCCACGGUCUUAAAAGGAACUGUCAAGGAGCAAGGGUACACAGGGUUACAGAAGAAUGUAUAAUGGAUAGGAAAGGCAUUCCAGAAUAUAUGCAUGGUGUGGGGUUUAUGGUAUAGCUCAUGGUUUGAUUCAUUAUUCCCAGAUGUCAUUUUCUUAAAAAAACUCUUUUUAUCUGUUGAUUUUCUUUUUUGUUUGGGCUUCCUAUGAUAUUCUGAUGGCUAGCAUGGGUUUUUUUUAGUAUUAUUGGGUUUUUUCUCGUUUGCAUCUAGAGAGUUGGAAAGGGGGGCAUGGAUGAUUCUUUCAUGCUCUGAAUCCAGGAAAUUUUAUGAGCUAUUUGACUGAGAAUAAUGUAUCUGUGAGGUUACCAGCA